GUUGAUGUCGAUGUUGUAAGCUUUGACAUCUUACCUGGAUUCACUAAAAGCUUGUUCAUUCUUUGAGGCUCAUUCAGUCUGAGACACUUCGACAGAAAAACAGAGGAUUAAUUAUUUCUUCCACUUAAGGGUGAUCACUAAUAUGGAAACUAAUAGGUAUACAGUGGAUUAUAGUGUGUUAAAUGAGCUGAGGCUGGAAGGUAGCUUCUUCGAUGUGGCCAUCAGUGUUAAUGGAGUGGUGUUUCCUGCUCACAAGAAUGUCCUCUGCUGCUGUAGCGUCUACUUCAGAACCCUGUUCUCGAACAGGUGGAGUAGCAAGGAGAAGAAGGUCUACAACAUCCCAGGUGUCUCUCCAGAUAUGAUGGAAAUGAUCAUCACAUUCGCCUACACAAAGACUGUGCCUGUGACAUCAGAAAAUGUACAGCAACUGCUCGCUGUAGCCGACCAGCUUAACAUACUGGGACUUAAAAACCUCUGCAGUGAUUUCCUUGAGUCUCACCUCUGCCUAGAAAAUUGUAUUGGGAUCUGUAGGUUUGCAUAUUAUUAUUGCUGCCCAGACCUGAGACUCAAGGCAUUCAGGUUUAUCUUGUACCAGUUUGAGGAUCUGGUCAGGGUGUCAGAGGAGUUUCUGCAGCUAAGUUUAAUUGAACUGUCGGACAUCAUUGAGAAAGAUGAGCUCAAUGUCAGAAAUGAGAGUCAGGUGUUUGAUGCUGUCAUGAGGUGGAUCUACUACCAGGGUGAAGAACGCAAAGGAAUCCUUGCCAAUCUUCUCCCUAAGGUGCGCCUAGCAUUAAAAGACACAAAGCAUUUUCUAGAGAGUGUGAAAAAAAGUCACCAUAUGAGUAAAAAUGAGGAAUAUAAACUUUAUGUUCUCAGAGCCAUGUUGCAGAUGAUAUAUGAUAUUGGCAUUAAUGAAGCAACUACUCAAGAGCCCAGCUGCUCCACUGCUCACUGCCGCCUCCCCUACAGCAUUUUGUUAUCUAUUGGGGGCUGGAGUAACAUUCACCCCACCAAUGCAAUUGAAGCUUAUGAUUCACGUGCUAAGAUCUGGACUGAUGUGACAUGUGAAACAGAGGCCCCCAGAGCCUACCUUGGAACAGCUUAUACAAAGGGACACGUUUAUUUUAUUGGUGGAUAUGACAAUGUGGAGUACUAUAACAGGGUGCGUAGGUUUGACCCAGUGCAAAAGGUCUGGCAGGAGGUGGCACCUAUGCAUUCCCGGCGCUGUUUUGUUAGUGUGGUUGUUCUCGAUGAUCUCAUUUAUGCCAUGGGAGGAUUUGAUGGUCACACCCGUCUUAAUACAGCUGAAAAAUUCAAUUUAGAGGCCAAUCAGUGGACACUGCUGUCUCCCAUGAAUGAGAGGAGGAGCGACGCCAGCGCAACCACACUGGAUGGGAAGAUUUACAUCUGUGGUGGCUUCAAUGGGGAUGACUGUCUCCUCACGGCAGAAGUCUACUACCCUGAAACAAAUCAGUGGUCCCUGAUUGCGCCUAUGACAAUCCAAAGAAGUGGUGUGGGAGUGAUUGCCUAUAAAGAUGAAGUUUAUGCAGUAGGGGGCUUUGAUGGUGAGAACAGCCUGAAUACUGCUGAGGCCUACUCCCCCUUGACUGAUACCUGGCGCUCUGUCUCAUCGAUGAUCACUACACGCAACAACUUUGGCAUUGAGACAAUGGAGGAUCUCCUCUAUGUGGUGGGUGGUUACGACGGCAACACCAUCUCUUCUAAGGUGGAGUGUUACAACAAGGAGACAAACGAGUGGCAAGAGGUGCCAGACAUGAAUGUGGGCCGCAGUGCAUUAAGCUGCUGUGUGCUGUCUGGAUUGUCCAAUAUUAGGGAGUACAUUGUACAUCGGGAGCCACUGAAGCCAGUCAGACUGUCAGAUGAUCGCCGGUGGUCCUCUUUCUAUAACAUGACACCAUUGUGAACAGGAGGUUUCUUGAGACGCAAUGGAAAACUGAAAAGUUAGUUGAAAUCUUUGCCAUUUACUCUUCAUCGUAUACCUGUGUUUCACACUUUUCACUUAAGAAAUCAUGGCACAAUAUGGUAGCCUCAAAUUUGCUUUAUUCAGGUUAGGGUCAUGGGAAGGCUAUCCCAUAAGCACUUGGGGCAGAACAGGAAGCUGCCCAGGAUAUGAUAUCAGUCCAUUCACACAGGACCAAGUCAUAAUCACCAACUACCACAAUAAGUACUUAACUGGGGAUGUGGGAGACAAACCUUAGGACUAGGAAGAAACCCAUGUAAGAACAGUGGCAAUGUUCAAACUCCACAAAUUUCGACACUAGCCACCUUAGAUACCCAAUGAGGUAUUGGCUUACUUGCCAGCUUUGUGAGUGCUGAUU